GGCCAGGGCGAGGAAGAGCAGAGUGAAUAUGAACAGUUAUUUUGUCUGGCUAAGGAAUUUUCUUAUUAAUGACUCCAAGAAUGAAAGGAACAUGGAUACGCAAAGCUAUGUUCAAGUAUGUCAGAGAAAUCAAAUCAAACUUUCGCCUUGGAUAUGUUUAUUCUGGCUUUGUGUCAUGUAUCGCCAGGCGUUCAUAUUCAGAUCAGGAGCAUAGUACAGAUGUGCCGAAUAACAAUAUCAUCUUACAAGGCUACUGUACUUCUUGAGAUCAGAUAAAGAGAGAGAUACAGAGCGAGAGCCAGAAACAACCUGAGACGUGAAAAAAGAAAGUGAUAUCAGCAACAAGUGGAAAAGAAAGAAAAAAUCGCAGCGUUGCGUAAGCCAACACCGCCUAACGAGAUGCGAGCAACAAGGUCACGGAGCGCCGCCAUCACCAACUUAAAACUGAGUCGAAAACGUGAGUCGGUCCCUUCCCCGCGCCGCCAGCCGCCUCUCUCCCGGCGCCGGCAGCCAGCAAGACACGCGGGGCAGCGAAGACUCCGCCAAGACUCGAGCAGUCUCACGCUCUCUCUCAGUUGCAAGGGAGCUGUCGUCGCGCACGCAUAGGACCCGCGCCGCCACGUGAGUCGCGGCGUCUGGCGAGGGAGCCCAGGGAGAGACCCUCGCGUCAGCACGCCGCUCGCAGACGCCCUUGCGACGAGUCCUUGCCACGACUCUCUCUAAGAUGGAGGGCCACCCCGAGGACAAGAUGGCGGUGGAGGGCAAACCGUGGCUGGACGUCCCUCUGAAUCCCGACGGAGCCGAGGACGCUGCCAGCAGGAGUAGCCAGGAGGACUCACUCAGGGACAACUGGAGCAGCAAGUGGGACUACAUCCUGUCGGUCAUCGGGCUUACCAUCGGCCUUGGGAAUGUGUGGCGGUUUCCUUAUAUAUGCUACAUGAACGGAGGAGGUGCGUUCCUGGUGCCUUACCUGCUGAUGCUCGUCCUGGUGGCUCUCCCGCUGUUCCUGAUGGAGUCCGCCAUCGGCCAGUUCAGUUCCUCAAGUUGCAUCGGGAUCUUCUCGGCGUGUCCUGUCUUCAGAGAUAGUAUGAAAAAGGCUAAUAAAAAAUGGAAGAAACAUGCUCAGAACUCACAAUCUGAGCGUAAAGUAUAUCGUGUUCCUAACACCCAAUGCGUCAAGAAAGUCUGCUGCAGGGGUGUCGAAUUCAUGGACCGCGGAUCAAUUGUGGCCCUCGGGAGAGUCCUAAAUGGCCCGCGGAUCAUUUGUGGCCCUCGGAAGGAUCAAAUGUGGCCCUCGGGAGGGUCAUUAAUGGCCCGCGGAUCAAAUGUGGCCCUCGGGAAGGUCAUAAAUGGCCCGCGGAUCAUAUGUGGCCCUCGGGAGGAUCAAAUGUGGCCCUCGGGAGGGUCAUUAAUGGCCCGCGGAUCAAAUGUGGCCCUCGGGAAGGUCAUAAAUGGCCCGCGGAUCAUAUGUGGCCCUCGGGAGGGUUAUAAAUGGCCCGCGGAUCAAAUGUGGCCCUCGGGAGGAUCAAAUGUGGCCCUCGGGAGGGUCAUCAAUGGCCCGCGGGUCGUCAUGAAGGAAAUUCCCUCCUGCCAGCAACGAAGUCCUCCGGAUCAGCAGCGGCGUGGGCGAGGUGGGCGGGCUCGUGUGGCCGGUCGUGGGCGCCGUUCUCUUCACGUGGGUCAUCAUCUUCCUCGCCAACUUCAAGGGCGUGAGGGUGCUGGGGAAGGUAGCACAGUGGUUUGGCUGACAGCAACAUUUCCCUAUGUAAUGCUGACGAUUCUGCUUAUACGCGGGGUGACUCUGCCUGGAGCCUGGGAUGGCAUCUACUUCUACAUCUACCCGAAUUUCGACAAGCUGAAGCAACCUAAAGAAAUCAAUGGCUUCCUGGACACACUGGAAGAGAUCAACGAAUCCUUGCAUUCCUGCAGAAGAUCAAAGGUGCGUGAUGUUAACUCUAGGACACUGCAUGGUUCAACCCCACGACUCUUGCCUCCUAGUAGCACGCAUAGCAAACACACGGGAGGGUUUUCUCUGGGUCAAGAUGGAAUGAACCAGGGGAGGGUGCGCCUCUCUUCUCAUAGACAUAGGUGCACCUGGGAGUUAUUUUGUCUUAUUCUUACCGGUGAUCCAAGGUUCGAUUCCCUCCCUCAGGUAUGGGCAGCGGCGGCCGUCCAGAUCUUCUUCUCCAUGACCCCGGGCUACGGCGUUCUCACCACGAUGAGUUCACACAACAAAUUCCGGAGCAGCAGCAUGAGAACGGCGAAGAUCGUGCCCAUUGUGUGUGCCAUGACUUCGAUCUUCGUUGGCUUUGUGGUAUUCUCAGUCCUCGGUUUUAUGGCACACCGCUUGGGCACGACCGUGGACAAGGUCACUGCUGCGGGGUCUGGGUUGGCUUUCAUCAUCUACCCCGAGGCGCUGUCCCUGAUGCCUCUUGCUCCUCUCUGGUGCGUCCUGUUCUUCCUCAUGCUCUUCUUCGUGGGUAUCGACUCUUGCUUCGGCGUCGUGGAGAGUCUCCUGACGGUCGUUACCUCCGAGUUUCCCCAAAUCCGGAGCUGGCGAGGCUGCGUCACGUUCGUCAUUUGUUCUGUCAUCUUCCUGGGCAAUGGCGUCAUCUACUCGCAGGCGGGGAUCUACUGGCUUACCCUCGUCGACUGGUACGUGUCUUCCUUCACCGCCACACUCAACUGCCUCUGCGAGCUGCUGGUCUUCUCGUUCAUAUACGGUGUCGGAAGAACAAUUCGCGACCUGCAGAUGAUGACGAACAAAACCGUCAGCUACUUCUGGUACGCGACGUGGCUGGUAAUUACCCCCGUCCUGACAGUGGCCAUCUUCGUGAAUAUGGUCCUGAACUACGGCCCCGCCAGCUACGACGGCAGGAGGCUCCCCGACUGGGCGCAGGGCGUCGGCUGGCUCACCGCCUUCGCCUCCAUCCUCGCCAUCCCCGGCUACUUCGUCUACUACCUCGCCGUCCACACCAAGGGCUCCAUCGCGCAGCGCCUGGCGCAGGGUCUGUCGCCCACCGCCACGUGGGGUCCGGCUGAGGAGGAGUGCCGUGCGCACUGGGAGCGCUACUGCGCCCAGCAUCCCCUUCGGCACCGCCUCCUGUACCCCAACAGUUCCGGGGCAGCUCUCUCUUUGCCCGAAAUUGUUCCUCUGGGCCGGCCAUAACACUGGGGAGGAACAGCGACACUGAUCGUUAUUUUAAAAGCUCGAUCUAUUAUGUUUCCCAAGCUCUCUGUGGGGUACAGUCGGGUAAUGCGGCUGCGGUGACCGAGAAACGGGCGUCUUGUAUAUAGUUUGUGUGUCCUGUUUUGGCCAGGCGACGGGCAGGCCAACGAGAAGUAUUUAGUAUUACAGUGGAAAGUGGUGUGAUUUUAUACUGCUUCUUGCGCAUAAUCCUUGCCCUUUGCGAUGAAGGCAAGUAAAGCUAUAUUUUUAAAGCUGAAAGUAAUUAUAUAUAUUUUUUCUUGUGUAAUGCAUAGCAAUUGUGAUUUACUUUCGGUUGAAUAUAUUUCUGCCUAACCGGCAAUAGUAUCUUUUGUUAGGACUGGGCCUAAUAAAUUUUCUAGGAUGAAAGUAACUCAGGAAAAUUUCCGUCUGUUUAGCAAUCAGUCCAAUCAGUUUUAAACAACAUUUUACGUCUGAAUUUCACGGUUAUGGUGCAUCAUGGCACCUUCACAUCAUCAUGAGAUUCAGGGUGUGGUUUAAAACAGCCGAAAAUACCCUCAAAGCACUGCAGUUGCAAUAUAAUCUGAUUUAUUUUGAACACUGUCUUGAGCCGAACUGGUGUAUGGUACAAAAAUGCUUUUUGACAGUUUUUUUUCCUCCCUUAUAACGAAUCUCUUGUUAGGCUAUCCAAAUUCUGAUAGUAUUAUUACGAAAUUUAGAUCGAGAUUAGAAAUCCUAAAUCAAUAUAUCAUACAAUGCUAUAUAAAUGUAUCUGGACAGUGAUGAAAGUCUGGUAUUAGAACAUAGGAUGAGUGCAAAAAGUUCCUAUAAUUUGGACAAUGAUACAGACUUAAUAGAUUUAGAAACUUCCUUGUUAAGCAAUGCAAGUAGAUGCUAAGUUAAACUUUCUGACAUAGUUUUAAGUUUGUACUAAGUUUGAGAUUAAGUUCCAAAAUUGCUUUCAGCUGGACUGGUGUGAUAUACAGCCAUAUCUUUGAUGUAGGUUUUCAAACAAUACCACUGUCCAUUUGUUUGUACAGCUGUAAUAUUAUCCAUGUUAUGAAGAUUUCAAAGAAUGUACUUCCAAUUUACAACUGUCAUCAGUAAUGACAUAUGGCCUCAAGUGAAUAAUUCUGUACAAUGGACGGAUAGUAUUUUCACGUACUGUGAUACUGAAGAACAGACGAUAGAGUCAGUUGCAAAACAACACGUAAUAAAAAUGCACACACACACACACACACACACACACACACACACACACACACACACACACACACACACACACACACACACACACACACACACUCACACUCACACACACACACACACUGUCACUCUC